AUGUCCAUAAUCGCCGACGGCAUCUAUGCCGCACUUCCCUCCACAUCUCGAGGCUUGCCUACCCCUCUAAGUGCUGACUCCAAGGGCGAGCGAAUUGCCUACGCUGCCAACAAGUCCAUAUUUCUUCGAUCCAUCGAUAAUCCUGCCAUAUCCACUCAGUACACCCAGCACACGACUACGACCACCGUUGCCAGAUUUGCGCCUUCCGGGUUCUAUUGUGCCUCUGGUGACGCUUCGGGCAUUGUACGGGUUUGGGACUGCUCACCCAAUGGAUCGGGAGCGACAAAAGGAGAAUAUGCCAUUAUAUCAGGCCGUAUCAAUGAUAUUGCGUGGGAUGGUGACAGUCAGCGUAUCAUAGCAGUAGGCGAUGGGAAACAACGCUAUGGACACUGCGUGACGGCGGAUUCAGGCAACACGGUGGGAGAGAUCAGCGGCCACUCUGCACAGGUCAAUGCCGUCAGCAUAAGACAACAAAGACCCCUGAGGGCGGCUACAGGAGGUGAUGACAAGAACUUGGUCUUCUAUCAUGGGGCUCCGUUCAAAUUCAACGGCAUCCCUGGUCGAGGAAACCAUACGAACUUCAUUUACGGAGUCGCUUUCUCGCCGGAUGGCAACCACUUGCUCAGUGUUGGCGGAGAUAAGAAGAUCUAUCUAUAUGACGGCAAAACUGGGGACGUGAAGACUGAGAUCGCGGACGGCGCGGAAGGCCACAAAGGCAGUAUUUUCGGAGUCUCGUGGUCCAAAGAUUCGAAGAACUUUGUGACUUGUUCCGGUGACCGCACAGUCAAGACAUGGGAUGUGGAAGCUGGGAAAGUCACUCAUACCUGGUCUUUUGGCGAUGCUAUGGCGGUUGCAGAUCAGCAAGUUGGCGUCGUAUGGCCAGCAGGCAGGUCAGACGGAUUGAUUAUAUCCCUGUCCCUGAGCGGAGAACUCAACUAUCUGAACAGCGGGUCAAGCAAGCCUUCCAAAGUCAUUUCGGGUCAUCAGAAGAACAUUACCGCCCUCACAUCUUCCGGUGAAGCGAAGAGUGCUACGCUGUGGACGGGCAGUUCCGAGGGACGACUGUGCUCGUGGGAUGCUGCAACUGGGACAGCGGAGACCAUCGAAGGGGAUGGACCAACCAACAUCAUCUCUGGACUUGCUGCUGCGCCUUCAGGGAAGCAUCUUCAAGUCUUUUCGGUUAGUUGGGAUGAUACUCUGAAAACAGUUGACGCCGGAGCCAAAACAUUCACAGGGCAGUCCACCAAACUAUCAUCACAACCAAAAGCUAUAACGUGCACCACGGACUCUCUGGUCGUGGUAGCUCAACUCGAAAGCGUGAUUGUCUACAAUGAUGGAGAAGAAGAUGGGGAGUUGCCCUUGAAAUCAACGCCGACAUCUCUCGCAUCUCACGGUAGCACUGUCGCGAUCGGUUCCCAGGAUUCAAGUCUUCGCCUAUUCUCCGUUGUGCCAGGAAAAGCGCCCAAGCAGAUUGCGUUCAUCGAACAAGUCUCUGCUCACCCGCUAACGGCCAUAUCCUUUUCCAAUGAUGGCUCGAUGGUGGCAGUCGGUUCUGCUGCAGGAAAAAUCCAUGUGUACAAGAUUAGCACUGGCAUCACGGGGAUGGUGACUGGGAAUUGCUCGCUCGAGCUUGUGACCGAUCGGUGGAGCGCUCAUACGGCAAAGAUCACCUGCAUCGCAUGGAAUCCAGAAGGUACAGGAGCAGCUUCUGGCAGCUUGGACACCAAUAUAUUUGCUUGGAGUUUGAAGGAACCUGGGAAGAGGGUGAAGGAGACGAAUGCGCAUAAGGAAGGGGUCAAUGGCCUUCUCUGGCUCGGAGACACUGUGUACAGCACUGGGGCAGAUGCCACAGUCAAGAAGUGGAAGAUCAAGAUCGCAUAG